AUGAAUGAUGUUCUAGUGCCGGGCAGCGGGUACGCGCUGCGCAUGGAGUCACCGCGGCCUACGACGCGCCCCUUCGAGCCGGAGUCGCCCGCGCUGCGCGCCGCGUUGGCUGCGCCGGGGACACCCUCCCUGCGCGCCCUGUUCGCCAAGCGCCUCUCCCUCCCGACACCAGCACCGCCGCCGCCGCCGCCGCCGCCGGGCGCCGCACCCUGCUGUGCGCCCGCGCCGACACCAGCACCGCCGCCGCCGCAUAUUUUGAAGAAAAAUAUGUGAGCAAUUUUAAAAAUUAUAGUACAAAUUACUCGCUCUUGUUCUCCUUAGUAGUUGAAACAAAACUAUUUUGUUACCUAACUUAGCUCAGAUCUUGUUCUAGUUUAGCUAACUUGCAGAAAUCUUAUGGAGAGCAACAUAGUUGUAUUCCGUUUUGCUGAAUGCUCGGAAUUUACUAGUUUGUUUAGUUAAUAUUAAGUCUUUAUAACUAAAUCUCGGUUGAUAACCGAAUAGAAGCAGGUAAAAUUGAAUGAAAAGAAUAAUAAAUUAGAUAGAAGUAUUUGAAUUAGAUGCUACGGUAACAUUUUCAGUAAUAAAACUGGAUAGUGAAAAAUUUCCUUUUGAGAACUACAUUUACUGCAUAAUAUUUUUGUAUGCCAUGCAGAGAGACACAACCCUCCUGCGUAAAUAGUAAUUUGCUUGCUGUACAGCGUCAUCGAUUAAAAAUAUAUAAAUAACACGUAAAUUAAUAUAGAUAAGACUGAUCUUAAUUUUCCCCAAAGCUUGAGUACAUCGACGUAAGUGAAUGUAUGUAUGUAUGUAAUUUUUUUUAACCUAGCCCAUAAAAUAUAACUGGCUAUAAAAAUUGCACCCUGUCUUAAAUGGCUAAGAUUUCUAAUGAACCGCAGUUGACCACAGUGCUACCAAAGGUUUGUGUUAGCUCUCGAGUAUUCAACACGGCUCAAAGGGAUCCUUCUGUAACCGAGAAUCCUUGGUUUACAUCCACAGAAAAAAUAAAUUUACCAGAUAUCUGACUGCCUGGGCUUCGCUGACUGUGUAUAAAUUUGUGAACUGCUAAACUGAUAUUAAAUAAUGGUGAGAUAAAAAGUUCUUAAUAUCAUAUUUUUAAAUCCCUUCCUUUACCUAUAAAUUGAAAUAGAUAUCAUACACGA